AUGUGGAAGCAGAUGGCCUCAAAAAUCGUCUUUGUUCUCAUCAUGGCUUUAGUGAACCCAGGAGGUUCUGACCCAAGGGCUUCACAAGUGGAGCUGCAUUGUUCAGCCUUCAACAAUGUCAGUUGUGAAGAGUGUGUGAGGAACCCAUCAUGCCUGUGGUGUGCCUCCAGCCUGUAUUGCAUCUAUUAUCCGGUGAAGACUAUUUUUCUCCCCAGCUCCGUGUGCAAGCUCCAAGACGCAAGAUGGGGUGUAUGCUGGGUGAACUUUCAGGUGCUCACCAUCUCCUUCUCGGUGCUGAGCGUCAUGGUGCUCUUGGCUGUCAUUGUCUGCUGCUGUUCCUAUGCAAGACGUCAGAAGCUGAGACGAAGCAGGGAACGACGUGGCGACAGGGAAAGGAUAAUCCAACGUAAUGAGAGAAGAGACAAUCUAAGGAUGAAACGCCAUGAAAUCCGCAAGAAACACAGCUUUUUUAAAUAA